GCGCUGGGCAAGGAGAUGUCUGACGUGGUCAUCCUGAAGGUGGACGUGGACGAGUGCGAGGACGUGGCGAUGACGUACAAGAUCUCCUGCAUGCCCACCUUCCUCUUCUUCAAGAACGGCCAGAAGGUGGACGACUUCUCAGGGGCCAACUACGAAAAGCUCGUGGAGACCGUCAAGAAGCACCGCUAAGCCGCAACCUCGAGGGCUUCACAUCCUCUGCCCCUCGGGACGCCCUCACCUGCGGGUGUUGUCCUGCGGUCAACAUUCCUGCGCGCCGCUUGUGGCCUUCGAAUUGUUCACGUUUAAUCAUUAAUAAAAGUUUAGUGCGCA